AUGACAUCACCGUUGCGAGACGCCGACGUGGUCACCGACGACGAUGGGCCCAGCGUCCGCAGUUUGCAUUUCGCCGCCUCGACGAUGCUGGAUGACGUGGCCGUCUACACGCGAGCGACCGUGAAGGCGCUCUUCCAGGACGUGCGCCACGCCGACCUGCCCAACGGGUUGCACAUGGAGUACGCUGUGCAUGGCGCCGGCGACGACGCGCCGCACAAGAUCCUCCUCCUCAUGGGUCUCAUGGGCGAGAAGGAGACGUGGACGCCACUGCUCGCGACGCUCCUCGACCAGUCGACGCACCACCACGCGCAGUACCAGAUUGUGACGCUGGACAACCGCGGCGUCGGCGGCUCGAGCAAGCCAUUCGUGCGCUACACGACCGCGCUCUUGGCAGACGAUGCGCGCCUGCUUCUCGAGCACCUCGGGUGGACCAACGUCCAUGUCGUUGGCGUCAGCAUGGGCGGUAUGGUGGCGCAGGAGCUUGCGUACGCGGCGCCGCACCUCGUCCGGUCGCUCGCGCUCAUCGUGUCGUCGCCAGGUCACACGACGGGCGCGUUUCCCGGCAUUACGCAGUUUGCGACGUAUCUGACGAUGGCCAAGUUUGGCUUUGCGCGCUCGAUGCAUGACAUUGUCGACACGAUGAUGAGCACGCUGUACCCCAAGCACUACCUCGCCGAGACGGCGUCGGACGGCCGCACGAUGCACGAGAUGCUGCAUCAGUUUCACCUCGAGCUCCUCGACGGCGUCACGUUCAAUUUGGCGGGCGUGCAUGGCCAGCACGCGGCGGUCUUUGGCCACAACAUGAGUCCGGCGCGGCUCGAGGCCGUGCGCGCCCACGGGUUCCCGAUCCUCGUCGUCGGCGCUGCGCACGACUGGAUUCUGCACCCGAAGAACGCCGACUACCUCUUUAUGCACCUCGAGGGCCCGCACACGCGCAAGGUCGUCUUUGACACGUCGGGCCACUGCGUCCAAAACCAGAUGCGCCGGGAGGUGGCGGCCGCUCUCCACGACCACUUUGCGGUCGAGCCAUGA